UGCCCUCCCUCUGCCUCCCUUCCCACCCUCUUCUCCAGCUGCGCCCGCAGAUGGGGUUCCCCGCCAGCCCCAGGGGCCUCCUGAGUUAUUUCCUGACUCUCCACGUGCUCCGCCUGGGAUCAGCUGAGUUCAGAGUGGUGGGACCAGACCGACCUCUCCUUGCCACCGUGGGGCAGGACGUCGUGCUGCCAUGUCACUUGUCCCCACGCGCGGACGCUCGGAGCUUGGAGAUCAGGUGGAUCCGGCACCAGUUCUCGGAAACGGUGCAUCUCUACCGAAAUGGAGAGGACCUGGUCGGGGCACAGAUACAGGAAUACAUUGGAAGGACAGAGUUGGUCAGAGAUGGUCUCUCCAAUGGGACCCUGGACUUGCGACUCGCUGGGGUGAGACCCUCUGAUGAUGGCCAAUACGUCUGCACCGUGCAAAAUGCUACCACUUAUGAAGAAGCCAUGGUGGAGCUGGAGGUGGCAGCCAUGGGCUCCGUCCCUCUCAUCUCUCUGGAGGCUUAUGAGAACAGAGGCAUCCGGGUGGUGUGUGGAUCGGCCGGCUGGUACCCACAACCGGAGGUGCUGUGGAAGGCUGCCAACGGGCAGCGUCUGCCCUCGGUCUCACGGAGACGUUCCUCUGACGAGAGGGGCCUGUUUGAGAUCCAAGAUGUCGUCGUGGUGAGCGGGAAGGGCGAUGGGAACUUGUCGUGCGUGGUGAGGAACAGCCGCCUGGAGCAGGAGCAGGCGUCGUCCCUGCACAUCUCAGCUCCCUUUUUCCACAAUGUCAUUCACUGGAUGGCAGCUCUGGGUGUCUCCCUCGUGUUUUUAGUGGCAUCAUGUGGUUUCAGUGUUUAUCUCUGGCUAAAGAAAGGGAAACGAGACGCAGAACCGAGUUGCCCGGUCUGUGAGAGUCCCUGGGGACCCACCGUGGGACGUGACCUGCUCUUCUUUCUCCUUGUAGAAUGGAGAAAGUUUCUGCUUCCUGAAAAUCAAGACGUGGUGACCCUGGAUCCAAACACGGCUCAUUCCCAACUCGUCCUGUCGGCCGAUCGGAGGCGUGUGAGGUGGCAAAGCGAAGAGCGGGACCUGCCCAACAUCCCGGAGAGAUUUACCUAUUGGUUCUGCGUUUUGGGCCAGGAGAGGUUCCGGGAGGGGAGACACUGCUGGGAGGUGGAGGUGAAGGGGGAGGUGGGAGGCGAGUCGCGGUGGGGCAUUGGGGUGGCCAAGGAGUCUGUGGAGAGGAGAGGGAGAUCCUUCCUGAGCCCGGACGGAGGGAUCUGGGCGGUGAGGCACAAGGGAGGGCGUUUCGCGUCUCUCACCUCUCGUCGCACCUUCCUCCCCCGGUUCCUGCUCCCCAGCAGGAUCUGUGUCUGUCUGGACUGCGCCCGGGGGCUGGUGACUUUCCUCGAUGUCAACACCGGGGUCAAGAUCUUCACGUUCCCACCAGCCUCGUUCAAAGGGGAGACCCUGCGCCCCUGGUUUUGGAUAGGAACAGAGAAAACCCAGCUGUGCCUGAGGGGCAGCACCUCUUAGACACUCUCCUCCCUUUCCCUCCCCUCCCCGGCCACCGGCAUCCCCUGCCCUUCUCCGGAGACUCCCCGCGCUCCUCUCCUGGAUCCCGCGGGAGACGUCCAUCCCUGUGCCCCAGCCCAGGGAGCAGAG